CGACAGUCUCCCUUCCUUUCUUAAUCCCAACUAUGUCUUCCUUUUUACUUAAGCUGGCAAUUAUGUCUGCUAUUUUGUUGUUUCCGAGGUCCAACGCUCAACUGAGCUCCACGUUUUAUGCUUCCACAUGCCCGAAUGUGUCAGCCAUUGUACGUGGGGUGAUUGAGCAGGCUGCACAAAACGACGUCCGAAUUGGUGCCAAACUCAUCCGCCUUCAUUUCCACGAUUGCUUUGUUGAUGGCUGUGAUGGCUCCAUUUUGCUAGACAAUGCUGAUGGUAUAGACAGCGAGAAAGAAGCAGGUCCUAAUAAAGACUCAGUAGAUGGAUUUCCGGUGGUUGAUGAAAUCAAAACUGCGGUAGAGAAUGUUUGCCCAGGAGUAGUUUCCUGCGCAGAUAUCUUAGCCAUUGCUUCUCAGAUAUCUGUUUCUUUGGGAGGAGGCCAAACGUGGGAAGUUCAACUGGGAAGACGAGAUAGCAGGACUGCGAAUAGGGCAGGAGCUGAUAGUAAUCUUCCAGGUCCUUUCGAAACCCUGGAAGGGAUUAAAGGCAAAUUUAGCGACGUGGGACUUGAUACUACUGACCUAGUUGCUUUAUCUGGUGCGCAUACAUUUGGACGGGCACGAUGCAGUUCCUUCAGUCCCCGCCUUUAUGACUUCAAUAGCACCGGAAACCCAGAUCUCAGCAUAGACGCAAUGUACUUGGAAAUGCUUCGCCAAACAUGUCCUCAAGGUGGAAAUAAUGAUACGUUAACCAACCUUGAUCAGGCGACGCCGAAUGACUUCGAUAAUAACUACUUCACGAACCUGCAAAACAACAAAGGGCUUCUCCAAACUGAUCAAGAGCUGUUUUCGACAACUGGGGCUGACACAAUUGAAAUCGUGAACCGUUUUGCUAGUAGCCAGAGUGACUUCUUUGACAGCUUUGGCCAAUCCAUGAUCAAAAUGGGAAAUAUAAGCCCCCUGACUGGAAGCAGUGGAGAGAUUAGAUCAGAUUGUAAAAGGGUCAACUGAUCAAAUAGUGUUUGAAACUAGCUAGCUAGCUAGCAAGUUUUUUUAGGAUAUUAAUUACCAAAUGAAAUAUAUAUUUCAAUCCCCAAGGAGGUAAUGAUCUUUUGUUGGUACAAGUUUUUGUUUUGUUUGUGGUCGAUCUUCUAUAUCUAUUGGUAAGUCUAAGAGAAUUAAGAACAAUUAUGUAUUUGCUAU